AUGGGUCUUGGUAAUACUAUUGUUGAUGAGAAUGAUGCCUCAAACCAAGACCGUGCUAAGGCCAUGAUUUUCCUUCGUCGUCAUUUAGAUGAAGGAUUAAAAGUAGAGUAUCUUACUGUCAAAGAUUCUCUUGUCCUUUGGCAAGAUUUGAAAGAAAAAUUCGACCACCUGAAGUUGGUCGUGCUUCCAAAAGCUAGAUAUGAUUGGCUUCACUUACGACUAAAAGAUUUCAAAUCUGUCAACGAAUAUAAUUCAGCCAUGUUUAGAAUUAUUUCUCAAUUAUCAUUGUGUGGUGAAAAAAUCACUGAUGAAGAAAUGUUAGAGAAAACAUUCUCUACUUUUCAGUCCCGACCAACUGGUGUAAGUCCAUUCCCUGGAGCGAAUGGGACUCAAUUUCAAAAUUCUGGUCGAGGUCGUGGACGUGGCCGUAGAGGUGGCCGUGGACGUAGCCGUGACCAUGGACGUGAUCGUAGUAGAUUUGUGCCUCGUGAAAAUUAUAGCCGUGGCAAGCAACAAAAUAUUUCCCAAAACAGGGAAAAUAACUAUGAUCCGAAAAAUGGAAAAAAGAAAGUUUAUGAAGAAAAAUGCUAUCGGUGUGGUAUGGAAGGUCACUGGCCCCGUACCUAUCGUACGGCUGAGCAUCUUGUUAACCUCUAUCAAGCAUCAUUGAAAAAGAAAGGCAAAGGUGUUGAGACAAAUUUCAUUGAUCAAAAUAAUGAUUAUGAUGAUGCUGAUAAUGUUGAUAUGACACACCUCGAUGUAGCUGAUUUCUUUGAACAUCCUGAAAAUGUCAACAAAUAUUUCAUGAUUGUUUAG